CGCGCGAGGCUCUGUUUAAAAAUUCGAAUCUAAACAGGCGGUUAAAACCGUUAAAGUACCUCACGGGUGAAGGGGGCUAAGCUAAGGCCGCUCCGCGAACAACCGGCCGGGAAAGUAUGGAAGAGAAGGAAGCAGACGACAAAAGAAUGGAUUUCUUGAAAAACUACACUUUGAAUUCGCUGAAACUCACACAGGAUAAAUGGCGAGAAUUUCUCGCGGUCAAAGAGAACCAUAAACUCGUCGGGAAUUUUUUUGACCAAGCCGACGUGAGUAAUCUUAUUAUCUCGCGGAACGCCGCUUCCCAGCUUGUUGCUAGCCUCACCAUCCCUACAACGCUGAAGAACAAGGCCGUUUCCUUUCUGAAGAGAGACAAAGAAGUCAUCAAAGAUGACAAUAUGCGAAAUCUGUAUGUGCGAGACCUUCCUGCUUCGUCUGCGAGUGUGGAUGUAGCGAUUGCAGUCAUUGAGGAGGUUAUUUAUCCCUUGCUCACAAACAAAGACAACAUGAAGGAAUGGCCUAAGGUGGUGAGCGAGGAUGUUAUUCAGCAAACUCACAAGCUAAAGAACGAGGCCUCUGUGUUGGGAGGUCUCAUCGGAGGAAGGACAGUACUGCCGUUGCCUGAAAAUGCUGAGGUUCUUGAAGGUACAAGUCCUGUGUGCAGACUCUCGGAUGCCAUAGACAGCAAAUUAAUGCACGCCUUUGAGACAGUUAUAAUUGACUGGACCCAUCAAAUAUCAGAAGUUCUGAAGAAAGAUUCAGCUCAGUCAAUAUUUUAUGAACUGAACCCACUCCCGAAAGCAGAAUUUGAUUUCUGGAAUGACAGACUUAAGAACUUGGAAUGUAUACACGAGCAGCUUAUGAACCCCAAAGUGCAGAAAAUGGCAGAGAUCCUGGAGACUGCAGAAAGCGUCUAUUGGCCAGCAUUGAGAAACAUCUUCAAGGAUGUCAGAGAAGGGCUAAAAGAAGCUGAGAAUGUCAUCCUUUACCUCACGCCAUUGCAAAAGAGGCUUGAUGAGAUGGAAAAUGUGGAGUAUUCUUUGUUACCCUCCCAUAUUAAGGCUGUGAUGUACACAGUGGCUCUAACUUGGGCUAACUCAGAGUACUACUGUCGCCCUGAAAGGAUCAUAGUUAUCUUACAAGAGAUCAGCAAUUUGCUUAUUCUUAAGACCGAGAACUUUUUAGGUCCUGAGGAAGUUAUGAGGGGGUUUCAUCAAAAGGAUGAAAUGCUUGGAAAGAUCAGAAAAGGCAUUGUAACUUUAGUUACUCUGAGAGAAACAUUUGACCAGUGCAGACUGUCUAUGGACAGAUUUUUCAAGGGUAAGAAGACAAAGAACUGGGAAUUUCCCUCACAUCUUGUGUUCACAAGAUUGGACGCAUUUUUGCAGCGCUUGCAACAAAUAGAGCUCUUUGAGAGAUGACUUCAUAGUGGACCCAAGUGAAACAGACUUAGAGGUGGUGUUAUAGACCUUGCUGUGACCAU